UGGGGGGGUAGUGGGUAGUUUGAUGUUCCAAAUUUCUGGUGUACGGUCUGUGGCUGUAGGGCAUCUCUCGGGGGAGUCGCGAUCAAUACCGGGGAAGCAAUCACUGGAGCGAGAAAGAAAAGAAAGAAUGAAAGGCAAUAGGACCCGGGGAGGAGCCGGGGUGGUGCCGGGGUCUGACGCACAGCCUCCAAUCUGAAUAAAGAGAGCGAUGUGGACCUUCAGAGGAGUUUCCUGAAUAAAAGACCCACUUCAGCACCAGAGCUCCAGCAGCCAAGGAUAUAGCCUGAAGAAUGGGGGUCGUUGUCACAGAUGAUCACCCCUCAGAAGUGAAAGCCCCUGACGGAGGCUGGGCUUGGGCUAUUCUCCUUUCAUGUUUUAUCGUCACUGGGUUCUCGUAUGCAUUUCCAAAAGCUGUCAGUGUCUACUUCAAGGAAUUAAUCAAGGAGUUCCAUGUUGGGUACAGUGAUACUGCUUGGAUCUCCUCCAUUCUACUCGCCAUGUUGUAUGGAACAGGGCCACUGUGCAGUGUGUUGGUUAAUCGUUUUGGCUGUCGUCCUGUGAUGAUGGUGGGAGGCCUGUUUGCAUCACUUGGAAUGAUAGCGGCAUCAUUCAGUACCAACAUUAUCCAGGUCUACUUUACUGGUGGUGUCAUCACCGGUCUGGGUCUAGCCUUGAACUUUCAACCAUCUCUCAUCAUGAUAAACCGUUACUUUGAUAAGCGCCGCCCACUAGCAAAUGGCUUAUCUGCAGCUGGGAGCCCAGUGUUUCUGUGUGCUCUCUCUCCACUCAAUCAGAUUCUGUCCCAUAAUUAUGGCUGGCGAGGGGGCUUCUUCAUACUUGGUGGUUUGCUGCUGAAUUGCUGUGUAUGUGCAGCACUCAUGAGACCCCUGGAACCAAAGCUCAAAAAGAAAGCAAUAGAAGAAACAAACGCAGAAAGUCCAAAGACAGUGCAAAAGAAGAAAAGUCUGCUAAACUUAGCAGUCUUUAAAGACAGAAGCUUUGUGAUAUACACAAUUGCAGCUUCCAUCAUGGUUCUUGGUCUGUUUGUACCUCCUGUGUUUGUUGUAAGUUAUGCAAAGGACAUAGGAGUGAAAGACACAGACGCUGCUUUUCUGUUGACUAUCUUGGGAUUUGUGGAUAUGUUCUCUCGGCCUCUGUGUGGCAUUAUUGCGGGGAUGGAACGGGUUCGGCCCCGGGUUGUGUAUUUCUUCGCCUUUGCCAUGAUGUUCAACGGAUUGACAGAUCUCGGUGGCUCCGUGAGUGCUGAUUAUACUGGACUGGUUGUUUUCUGUAUUUUCUUCGGAAUGUCCUAUGGAAUGGUCGGAGCACUGCAAUUUGAAGUCUUGAUGUGCCUUGUUGGCACGGAGAAGUUCCCCAGUGCAAUUGGGCUUGUGUUGUUAGUCGAAGCCAUGGCUGUCUUGAUUGGUCCUCCUGGAGUUGGGAAACUAGUGGACAGUACAAAGCAGUACAAGAUCAUUUUCUAUUUGGCUGGAGGUGAAGUGGUUCUCUCUGCCCUCGUGCUUACUUUUGGAAACUUAUUUUGUAUAUCGAAAAAACCUGCAAAAAAUGAGGAAGGAGGAGCGAAGCAGAAGAAACAGGAAAACGAUGAUUCUGUAGAAGUGGAGCAAUUCUUGAAAGACGAGAAAGGAAAAAAUGGUGAAAUUCUACCAACACCUGAAACCAGUGUAUGAAAGCUUUAGGGGGAGGAUGAAAUGGGAUGUUUACAAAAGGUCGUGGAAAACCAGUUUGUAUAUUUAUUUAGAAAUGUGCAGAUUCUCCAUGUAUAAUGGUAAGAGCAGUUAUUUAAUUGUGCAGAAUAUUUCUUGUGUUUUUUUUGUUUAAUUUGCUGCCUUGCAUUUGUCAUUCAUUUGUGUCUUUCACAAACUUUUUUUCUUGCAAUAGGACUAUGCGUUGAAAGUCUAAAAUGGUGUUCUGGAACGUUCAGAAAAAUCAAAUCUGCAGUAUUUUUGGGGCAUCGGUAUAGGAUGAUAAAUAUUUGGGUACUUCCACUUAGCCACAUUGACUAAGUAACUUAUGGAAAUGGGCACAACUGAUGGUUUUCAUAUCUUUGAAAGUGAUGGCCGUGAAUUAAUAGUCGACCAGUACUAAUAUAAAUACUUUUAAAGAUACCAGAUCCAUGCCAAUAAGAGAUCAAAAGUUCAUAUUGAUUACCCCGAUUCUAAAAUACUAUAAAUAUAUCCUAAUGGUGUAAGUAUCAAACCUCUGCCAGUGGGAAGUAAUUAUGAAACUAGCCCAAUCUUUCAGACAGUUCAAUGGCAACAAUUGCCAGUUUCCAUCAAAAAGGUGAUCUGCUACAGUUCGGAACAUAAUACUUAAACUGCCAAUUGAGACGAUAUGAAUAUGAGGUAGAUAUGAAGUAUUAGAACAAACACAUUAUAGCAAUAGGAAUGUCUGGCUAUGUAGAUUGAAUUUUGUUCAAAUGAAAUUCUUUGUUUCAAGAAAUAUUCCUGCUGAUAAGCAGUUAAGACACGCUGACUCCAGAAUUCCAGCCAUUGCUAUAGGAAGUCUACACAAAAACAUCUCGUGUUGGUGUGGUUUUAGCAGAAUAUGGGAUUAAUCCUGGGUCUCAACUCUGGCGCACUGAAGGAUGCUUCAGCACGUUGGACUAUCGGUUAAAGCAAGUCGAAGCUUAACAGUGUUAGAUAAUUAAAUUUAGAGCCACCAUAAUUACUUUUUUUUAGUCCCACAUUUUGCAAUUUUUGCAUUUCAAUUCACAGUUCAAUCCUCCACAUCAUUGUUUGUACAUCUUAACUACACUUUGGCUAUGCAGAAUUAUGCAUGAACAUCUAAUUCUGUGAUUGGAACAUCUUUAGAUUUGAAUAGAGAAUGAAUUGGAAAGAACCAAAAGUUUUAUGUAGAAUAUGAAGGAUGUUUAUCAGGAUCAGUGGGUUCUAAAGGGCAGCAUUUUGUUGGUUUUGCACCUACAUGUUUUGUGGAUUGAAAUCCCAUGUUGCUGAAACGGUGUGUGCAAUGCCAAAGAAAUUCUUCAUUCCUAAAUUAUUUUCUAUGAAUACUGACACUGUUUUUAUUUAAUAUUCAUGAAGGACUUCUGAAUUUUUUUUUGGACAAGAGCUUCAAAAAUCGAAUAGUAAAAGAUAUUGAAUCUGUAUAGGUUGAAUUCUGGAGAUCAGAUUUUAAACUAGCAUGAAAUAUUUUGUAAAACACACACAUUAUCCAACCAUAUAGUUGCUUUGCUCUAUGGAUUUUAAUUGUUUUAUAUCCAGUGACAUUUUAAAAUAUUCCUAAUUCUCAUAUGGCUGACUUAGGUGACUGUUCACAUUUUUUUCCACUUGACAAUUGAAAUGUGCAUAUGCAACAAUGGGUUCAGUUUAUUUAAUUGUUAACAUAGGAUUGAGAUACUGUUGAAAAAUAACUAACAGUGGGUAGUUGAAGGAAUCUUCAACUGUAUUAGUCAGAUAGCAGUAUUCUUUAAAUUUCUCUCUGAUGAUGCUAUCUUAUUUCCUCCCCUCCUAAUUUUAUUUUGCCAUUUUUUUUAAAAUAGGGCAGACAAUGUUCUUCAAGGGGUUUGGCUGCAUAGUGCUUUCCCCAAAGCAACGGGUUGCUGAUCAGAAAUGUAGAAGUGUGAAUGGAGUUUUGCAGAUAUGUGCUUGUACCACUGUUCUGGCCCUACAUGUUCAAACCUGCGAUGCUUAGUGUUGGAGAACAAAAGCUAAACCAACAGUAUAGCUGUCAAUGGUUGUUCGUAAGCUAUUAGUAUACUUGUGUUGCCUCCCAAUCCCUUCCGCUUGGAAUUCCCCAUAGCUGAGUAGAUAAAUGAAUUGCUUGAUAUCCUAAGCCAGAAAGAUCCUUGGUUGAGUGAAUUGAUCUCAACCAGUUCACCAGUGGUGCAGUAAUUGGUCACAGUAUUUUUAAAAAAUAUUUGUUAAUUUUCUAACUGCUGCUUCACAGGAUCUAUGCAGUCUCCAUCCUACAGGAGUGGGGAUUGAUGGGGAAUGUGACUGUACAUCUCUUAAGGCAAUUAUCUAUUCACUUUUGUUAUUUUAUAAACAAUAAAAAUUAUUCCCUUUUUUCCUGGCUUGUUUUUUUAAUUUCUAAUCUAGUACCAUGGCAUUAAACUAUAAAAUGCAAUCACAAUUAUUUUGGCUUUCAAUUGCCAAUCUUGUAGGUGAUGAUGUACAUUACCGUAAAUUGUAACCAUUUUAUAGGUAUGACACCCACUGAAGAAUCAUGAUUUUCUCUUUAUAACAUUGAAACAAUGGUCAUUGUAGGGUCUAGGGCAGAUCUUCCCGCUACAGUCCUGUUUGAAUCGGGCUAUUAUAUCUUCCCCUGGCUGAUUAGGCCCUGCAUUGAGUUUGUGCAAACCAAUUCCAUAACAACCUAUUCUUUGUAAUGAGUUUAAUUUGUGACAUUUGCAAAGUGGUAAAGUCAGAAUUGAGGCAAAUGCUUGGAGGAGUAAAGGGAGCUUUUACAUUACAUUUGCCUACAAAAUAAAUCGUCACUCCACCACACAGUAAAAUCUUGUGAAGCACUUUGAGAUGCCUUCCCGAAGUGAAUAGCCCUGCUGUAUUUUACCCAAUUUGGUAAAAAUCAACACAGCCUUGAAACCAUGAAGGCCAUUGAUAUCAUAAAUGAAUGGGGAAAAGAAAUGAGAAGUUGAACCCUUUAAAGCAUGUUUAACACCUCAGUAUUCUCAAUUGUCCUUUUUACAACUUCUAGAAAUUGGGUCUAGGGAGGGAGGGGGUCAACGGAAAACAGCUAUAAAUGGAAAAAAUGGAGUGUGCCAUCUCAAAACUUUCCUCUCCAUCUCCACAAUGUCCUAAGGAUUUCCUGCAUUGGCUCUAAAAUGAUGAUGACUAAAAUAUCAAUAGUAUGUGUUGAAGAUGUAAGCCAAAGAAAACAAUGUGUUGAAUUUAAAAAUAUUUGCAUUUUUGAGCUUUGUUUUGUAAAACGAUAAUAGGUCUCACUGAACAACGUCUAAUCAAUAUGUUCCAAUCAAGCACCACCAGAGUGUUUCAACCAGUAGUGGUGCUUGACCUGUCGCGGUGGUACUGGAAACCAUCACCCACUGAUAUAUUUUAUUUGUUCAAAGUGAAUUCUUGCUUCAUCUGCAGGGAAUUUUUUUAGAGAAUGUUUGUUUUUUAAGUGAACAAAACGUGUAGAUUUGAUUCUGAACAGUUCUGAACUGCUGUCUCUAGGCAAGUCAACAUAUAAAAGAAAGUGUCACUUAAGCGUUCUGAGGACUUCGAGAGCAUUUCUGGACCACAUUUCGUAUGUGAGGUUGAGAUAGAAAAAUAGCUGUAGGGCAUCCCAGGAAGUGCAUCAGCUCAUUCUAUUGUUGCACUGCUUCAUUCUCUGCAUUCAUAACAAUCUUUUUGGUGUGAACUUAUGCAAAUAUUGUGUUAACUGAAUUCAGCAAUUUCCUGUCAUGGAUCAUUAUCCAUAAUGAGCUUACCAAAAAAGCAUUCUUAAUUCUUGACAUUGCUCUCCCCCAGUAGUUAGGUAAAUGUGUUUGGUCUGUAACCACAGAUCAUUUUAGAGGUUUUUGAGUAUUUUACCAUUUCUGCCAGAAUUGAACAACAAAAUCCUACAGAAUCCUAUUUGAUGAAUUGCAAACCCUGUACAAUUUUACUGGACGAUUCGGUAAUAUUCACUCUGACUUAUGGACUGUUAAUCUGUUCAACUCCUAUCGCGACUUAAGGAUUCAGCCUGCAACAUUCCACAUAUCACACUAUAAUUAUGUUUUUUGUAAUAUCUGGCUAUUUUAGUUGGGCGUGUGCAAGUUAUAAGAUGAAUGCUUCCGCAUUUCAAUUCCAGUUUCUUCAGUUCAAGUACUGAUUAACAGUUUGUUUUUGCCUGUUUUGGAGUGCGGAGUGUGCAAUUUGCAAUUUCUUUCUCCUAGAGGCAAACAUACCCCACUUCCUUAUGCCAAGAGAAGAGAAGGCAAAUAUUUGAUGGAUUGGUAGAUGUUUAGGCACAAGGAAUCCCAUAGUGUGCAUUUGGGUAAAGCUGGAUUUGAACAUGCUUAAAUACAAGCUUCUUUAGCACUAGUUGUUUAGCACUCAUCAACCAGAGUACCCACUGAAUCCCAGAUAAGCAGACAAAUUAAACUCCUUCCAGCAGCUGCCACCCAAAAUCCCAAUCUUUUAACGAAAAUUUGGCUUUGGGGCACCAUGCAACAUUCCACCCACUUGAAGUUCUAGAGGUCUGAUGUUGGAUGUCAGGAUCGAUAUCAACCUCUUCACAUCCAAGACUUCCCAAGCAGCAGGCUUUGGCACAGAGAGGAGGUUGUCUCUGUCUCCAGGGUGGAGAAUGAUGGUUUUCCCCUUUUUUCCUUUGAACCUUGGCUUUCAAGGAAGGAAAAUAUGCUGAAGGAGAGAUAUUGCUAUUCAAGGAAUUAUAAAGGUAGUUUUCACUGAACAAAUGUAUAUUGCAGUAUUAUGGACUGUUAUCUAAUACACGUGGUAUUUAUUUAACAAGUUAAAUGUAUGGUCCCCCAGAUGGCAUAAAUGCCUUGGCAUCAGACCACAAUCAACAUAGUAAUUUGCUUAUCAAAUAGGAAAACCAUUUAGUCUUUAACUAUUUCAUAGAUACGAAUAGGUUGUAACAAAACUGCAAAUUUGCAGAAUAGAAGAAUGCUGUCUGUCCUCAAAGGGUUGAAGAAACACUGAAAAAUCCCAUUCACCAAAAAUUAAUAGUAAACAAUCUAAAUACUGGUGGUGGGGAUCAUAAUAUUUAGUGUGUUUUUAUAAUGCAAGAUUUUAUUGUGUGUGAGUAAUUGCUGUUAGCACAGAUUUUUUUUCUAACUUUCGUUGUAACGAGUUAACUAACCAAACUUAAAAAUCUGUGUUUGUGUGUCUAAAGUACAUCUAUAUGUAUUCUUGUAUCUGCUGUAUAGAACUUAACUGUGUCACGUUCCAGCAGUGAUUUUUUUUUUGCUAAGUUCCAGCUCACAAAUUUAAGGAGGAUCCAGUUUCUGAGGUAACUUGCCCUGUAAAUGUAUUCCUGAUAUAUUAGUUUAAGAAUGACUGCGGCAUAUUACCCGUGAGCCAGCAAUUCAGAAUCUUAAUUGGAACGAGAGCCAAAAAGAACAACUAUGAAUACAAUAAAAUUACAGGGCAGGUGGGUGGUUGGUUUUACACAGUAUGAGUCCACUCUUAAAAUGUGGUCCCAAACUGCUAAGACCUACAACAUAAUUCUACAGUGUCUUAAGUGACUAUUUAAAUGUCCAUGUUACAAUUUUAUCAAAAUGAUUCUGAUUGACCGUGGACACUAUUUGGCUCAGGUAAUCAAACCAAUAAAACCACAGAAACCAUGAAUACUCCUCAUAUUGAUAGGAAAGAGGUGGAACUUGUGAAUUUACUGUGUGUGUAGAACAGGAAUGACAUCUUGUUCAGAUGUUAAGUAUGCUUGCUCAAUUAUAAAUGAGUACUUCAGAAGCAGUACUAAAAACACUGAUCUUUAGCACUAUUAUACUCAAGGUCACAGAUUGCUUUAGAUCGCAGCCUCACUCCUGUUGCAUCCAAUUUUUAUCAAGAUUUCACUGUGUUAUCUGUCUGUAUGGAUUUAUACUGGAAUUCUUGCUGACGUGUGUCUGUUUUUAAAGUUUUAAGUGCUUUGAGUACUUUUUGUAGUUACAUAUACAUGGUAGAUUUGUAUAAAAAUAUAUAAACCUUGUUCUAGUG